UUUAGUUAAGUGUAAUUGCUGGUCUAAUGUGAACCAUUGGAUCAUAAUCUAUGUGCAUCACUUAGAUUUAGCUGUAGUGAGUCAUAACUCAUGACCAUUGUAAGCAUCUUAUAUGGUGUUUUAUUUGAAUGGCUAGAUUGAUUAUGACGUAAGAGAGAGAAGGCUCCCCUCCUUGCAAGGGCAAUAUUUUGCUCAUGCAGUGUGUGAGAUAUCACUGAAUCACCGUCUUCUUCCUUCCUAGAAAAUCCAAAGUGAAAAUCAUUCCAUUUUUUCUUCAAGCUCUUAACUAAAUGAAAUACAAAAUCGCAUACAAACAUUACUAACAAUGUGUGGGAGAGAAACUAGCCAGUGCUGGUUACAACCGAUAAUAGAGUAAUGAGUUUUUCCUCAUUUUCUUUUUAUACAAUCAACAUUGUACACUAAAUUGAUAUAAAGUGCGGGGAAGAGGAUUCAAAUUUGAGUGAAAUGGGGAGUAUAACUACAUGUUAAUUUUGAUUUGUUACUGUACAUGAUCAUCUCAAGUUCAACAUUGAUCGACACUGGACAUGAGCCAAUGUUGUUGUAUCAUGUACGAAGAAGCAAUUGUAGGUGCCAAAAACUUCGUAUAUAACUUGCAUUUGCUAGCCCUUUGUUACUGUUUGUUUUUCUUCUAACUUUUGCUACCCGUAAAAAAGAGGGUGCUAACUGUCAUGUAAAACUUGUUUAGGGGAUUUUGAAUAUGAAUUUUUUGGUUCUAACCUUCAUUUUGGGAAGACUUGCAUGAAAUCGGUUGUGAGCUAAGUGUUGUUCCCGUCCAAUUGUUGUAUCAAAAUUGGUUGUGAGCCAAAAUGUACUGAGCCGUGUUCACGACACUGAAAAAUCUCUACUAAAUUAAAGGGGAAAUGCAGGAUCUUUCGACUACGUGUCAUAAUCGGGCGCGAAAAAAAAACACUACGUGCGUUCAGACCCUCACGGUCUCAAACCAUUAUUUACAAUAAACGACACGGCGAUGCGCCUGGCCAGUACGGAGUAAUUUUCCCUACCGCCACAUAUACAAGGGGAAAUUCAAAUUUCGUAGCAAAGUGGAGAAAGUGAUUGAGAGCGUUUGAGGACGAAGCUAGGUUUUUUCUUCAAUCCAAUCAGUGAGAGUUGAAUAAGGGCAUGGAAUCGUCGGAUGAUGAGGCGGAGGCGGUGCUGCAAUCCGUUUCAAAUUACCAUUUUGUAGAUGACAAGGAUGAACCCAUCUCAUUUCACGUUCUGCCAAUUCAGUGGAGUGAGGGUGAGAGGCAAGACGGCAAGAAAAUGCAGAUAUUUGUGCGUGGCACUGCCGAUAAUGGGCUUCAGAAACUGUAUAAGCAUGUUAUCGCAUGGCGGUUUGAUCUUUCCAAUGUCGAUCCUGAGAUAUCGUUGCUCUCUAAGGAAAAUAACUGGCUCAACCUUCAGAAGCCGAGGAAGAGCUUCGAGGAAGUAAUAAGGUCAAUCUUGAUAACAGUGCAGUUCCUUCACUAUGUGAGGAGAAAUCCUGAGACAUCCGGCAAAUCUUUGUGGGAUCACUUAUCUAAAGUUUUCAGCUUGUACGAGGUCAAGCCUUCUGAGAAUGACCUGGUGAAUCACAUUCCUCUAAUUAGUGAAGCUCUUAAACGGGAUGAUGCGUUAGCAAAGUGCAAGUUUUUAGUCAAUUUACUUGAAGAGAAGACCAACAAGAGGAAACUGUAUGAUCAGGACAUUCAAGCUACAACAAAACCUGGAUUUAUAGUUGAUGAUACGGAAGAAGAUAUGAUUGACGCUGAAGACGAGUCCAACGACGAUGAUAACCUGUUUGAUUCUGUUUGUGCUUUAUGUGAUGAUGGUGGCGAUCUUUUGCGUUGUGAAGGGAGAUGCCUAAGGUCAUUUCACGCAACUGUCAAGGAUGGUGAGCAUUCUAUGUGUGAGACCCUUGGCUUUACCCAGGAUGAAGUAGAAGCAAUUCAAAACUUCUUCUGCAAGAACUGUCAACAUAAACAACAUCAAUGCUAUGCUUGUGGGAAGUUAGGCUCCUCUGAUAAAUCUUCAGGGGCUGAGGUCUUCCCCUGUGUUUCUGCAACCUGUGGUCAAUUUUACCAUCCACAUUGCAUUGCAAAACUCAUUUAUAAAGACAAUGGAGUCUCUGCUGAAGAACUUGAGAAAAAAAUUGCUCUGGGGGAAUCUUUUACGUGUCCGAUUCAUAAAUGCUGCAUUUGUGAACAAGGAGAGAACAAGAAGGAUCCUCAGUUGCAGUUUGCUGUGUGUCGGCGUUGUCCUAAAUCCUACCACAGGAAAUGCUUGCCAGAGGAGAUUGUAUUUGAAAAAACAAAGGAAGAUGAAGAGGAUGAAGACGAAGAGGAGGAAGACACAGAGGAUGAAGGUACAACAACAAGAGCUUGGGAACAUCUAUUACCUAACCGUGUACUAAUAUAUUGCACAAAACAUGAGAUGAUUAAAGACAUUGAAACGCCAAUAAGGGACCACAUAAAAUUCCCUAGAGUUAAAGAAAAGAGGACUACCUUUAUUCGAAAGAAGACCGAUUUUGUAGAGAAAAAGAAAAAAGGGACAUCAGAAUCCCUUCAAGAUAGAGAGAUAUCUGUGGCGAAUAAGAGAAAGCUUUCCACCAAAGAAUUCUCUAGGGGUCAAACUGCUCCUAUGAUAUCUAAAGAGAAGCUGAAGUCAUCUUCUACCGCAAAAGUGGGUGGUAGCAGAAUUAGUAAAAAACUACCUGCUGGGUUAGAUACAUCAAGAAAGCUGAAAGUGAAUUGUGCUUUGAAAAAGAAAGCUAAGAUUUCUGUGGCUGGGGAACAAAAUACCUCAUUGGGUGAUCAGCUAUAUGCCUAUAGGAAGGAGUCUUUGCAAAUGAAGUCGGGGAAGCAGGGCAAACCUGAUGGGGAGCGUGAUUUGGCAAUAUUUAAUCCUGCCUCAAAAAAGUUGACCAGCGCACCACCAUCUUUAGAUGCAGCUACAGAGAGGAGGCUAUUGUCUUUAAUGAAAGAUGCUGCGUCUUCAAUAACUCUGGAAGAUGUUAUAAGAAAGCACACAGUUCCAUCGACUCAUCAAUCCUCAUCCAAAAAUGCUGUGGAAAGGAGCAUUACAAUGGGAAAGGUAGAAGGCUCAAUUGAGGCUGUUCGAACGGCGUUACGGAAACUAGAGGAAGGAUGCAGUGCUGAAGAUUCAGAGGCUGUUUGUGCUCCUGAGGUUGUUCACCAGAUUUACAAGUGGAAGAACAAGCUGAGAGUAUAUCUUGCACCUUUCAUGCAUGGAAUGCGCUACACGUCCUUUGGUCGUCAUUUUACAAAGGUGGACAAAUUAAAAGAGAUUGCUGAUAGGCUCCAUUGGUAUGCAAAAGAUGGAGAUACGAUAGUGGACUUCUGUUGUGGUGCCAAUGAUUUCAGCAUUGUAAUGAAGAAGAAACUUGAAGAGACGGGGAAGAAUUGCUUUUAUAAAAACUAUGACUGUAUUCAACCGAAGAAUGAUUUCUGUUUUGAGAAGAGAGAUUGGAUGAAAGUAAAACCAAAGGAGUUACCGAAAGGGUCACAAUUGAUCAUGGGGUUAAACCCUCCUUUCGGAGUUAAAGCAGCUUUGGCAAACAAGUUCAUUGACAAGGCUCUUGAGUUCAAUCCAAAGCUCCUUAUUCUUAUUGUUCCACCAGAAACUCAAGGGUUAAAUGAAAAGAAAUCGCCUUAUGAUUUGAUCUGGGAGGAUACCCAGUUUCUGUCAGGAAAGUCUUUUUAUCUCCCCGGAUCUGUUGAUGCGAAUGACAAACAAUUGGAUCAAUGGAAUGUAACGCCGCCACCACUUUAUCUCUGGAGUCGUCCUGAUUGGUCCGCUGACAUCAAGGCUAUAGCCCAAGAGCAUGGUCACAUCACUGCAUCAGGGUAUACGAAAGAUCAUUCUGACUCUUUAAAUAACAGUCGGUCAAUAGGUAAUAAUGAUCAAUAUGGUGAAGCGCCUAUGCUGAUUGAUGAUGGCAUAAAACCCGAGAGUCCUGGGGAUGGGAACAACAUUGAUGAGAUAUGCAAGGAAAUUCUGCCACGCAUUCAGCCUGCUGAAAAAGGAGAUCAGCAUUCUGAGCCUGGCAACUCUGGUUCAAGCAUGCAGUUCGGAACUACUUAUGGUGGGACAAAGUUCAACAUUGCUGAUGACACAGGUAGAAGGAGCUUCUCCAUGAGCAAUGAUGAGCCUUACUCGAGUCUGACUCAUAGAUGGUCUACCGGUCCCAAUUCUGGUUAUAGGGCUACAAACUUGGAGGAAUUGUUUGUGGGGCACACGAGAGAGAGAUUGGAUUGCCUUGGUUGUACACAGGCAGAAGAUGCAUUUAGGAGGGAGUCUGACGUAUGCUCUCAGAUUCGCCUUUAUGGUCAGCAAGAUUUUGAUUCUUCAAGAAGUAAUUAUUUGGUGGGUCAGGAUUCUGUGAGUGGACAGAUUGGAUCGUAUUCAUCUACUGACAGCCAUAGUCAUCCUGGUCCUGCAGCUGAGUUAUCGUACAGAAUGAACACAUCAGUCACGCAGCGGUAUGCACCUCGGUUGGAUGAAUUGAACCACACGAGGAUGGGCCGCUUAGGAUCUGAACCUGCUAUAGGAUAUCAACCGCACAUGUCCAGUAGCAACGGCACUUAUGAUCCCAGGGCACCCCGGCCCGGUCAACAUGGUGGCUCCAUGGGUUUUGCUCCCGGUCCUCACCAAAGCUAUUCGAACCAAAAUUCAGCAGGUUGGCUGAAUGAGUAAAACAGGAAGGAUCAAUCUGAAUCAAAAUUUAGACUUCAAAUUUAACGGUUUACCGUCUCCUUUUAGUUCUCCCAUCUCUCUGGAUCUGCUGAUGCGAAUGGGAAACAAAUGGAUGAAUGGAUGAGGCUACCUCCACUCUAUCUAUGGAGCCAUCCUUCCUGAUUGGUCUGCCGAGCACAGGGCAGUAGCUCAAGAGAAUGGUCACAUCUCUGCGUCACAAGCGACUAUGAAUGAAGCAAGCACAUCGUUCUGACUCUCAAAUUCACGAUCAUUGCCAUGACGCCCAAAUGCUGAUGGAUGAUGAUUGGCAGAUUGUACCGGUGUUAUCUCAACCAGUGCCGACUCUGUUUUCUCAACUAGUAGCGGUUCGGUUAUCAUAUCCCUAUAAAUUGUGUCUGAACUAUAUGCUCCACUCCAGGAUGGUUAAAUAAGUUAAAACUUUGUGCCGCGAGCUUCAUGGAUUUGAGUCCUUUCGGUGUC